UUUGUAAAGAACAAACUUAUCAAAUAUUCAGACUUCAGUUGAAUGACAUUUCAAUCUGUUUUAUACCUGUAAAAAACAUGGCGCUUAACAAAGCUGAUUGGCAAACUCCUGCACCAUUAUGGCAAAAUGGUCCAGUACCUGGUGCAUUUUAUCAUUUUCCGGGAAGUUCUACGCAUUUUGAAGUUGGAGGAUUCCAAAGAUCACAAGCACCAAUGACAACUGGUACAUCUGUAGUUGGAAUUCAAUUUAAAAAUGGUAUUCUCAUAGCAACAGAUAUUCUUGGAUCAUAUGGAUCAUUGGCUAGAUAUAGAAAUCUUGAACGUGUGAUGAAAGUGAAUGAUAAUAUUAUCCUUGGUGCAGGAGGAGAUUAUGCUGAUUAUCAAUGCUUAAAAAGCCACAUUGAAAGAAAAAUUGUUGAGGAAGAAUGUCUUGAUGAUGGUUUAUCUUUAAAACCAAAAGCUCUUCAUUGUUGGUUAACUCGAGUAUUAUAUAGUAGGAGAUCACAGUUUGAUCCAUUUUGGAAUAAUUUUAUUAUUGGAGGUUUAGAAGGGGAUAAAUUAUUUUUGGGUACUGUGGAUAAACUUGGUACAGCCUAUAGUGAUCCAGUAAUUGCAACUGGAUAUGGUGCAUAUAUGGCAACACCUAUUUUAAGAAAAGCUUAUGAAGAAAAUAAAGAAAUGAGUAAAGAGCAAGCAAUUGAACUUUUGUAUAAAGUAAUGCAAGUUCUUUAUUACAGAGAUGCACGGUCUUUUCCAAAGUAUCAAGUUGGAAUAAUCACAAGGGAAGAAGGUGUUGAAAUACAAGGACCAUUAACUUUAGAUAGUUAUUGGGGACCUGCUAUUAUGUAAAAAUAAAUAUAAAUAAUUUUUCUUAAUAAAAAUAUCUGUAACAAUUCUAAAUGAAUUUUUUCUAUACAAUUUUUAAUUAUAUUUUUGAAGCAAUAGAAAAUAUACACAAAAAGUAAAUUUAUAAGAUUAACGAGUUAAUACAUUACAACCAGUAUCAGUAACUAAUACAGUAUGUUCACAUUGUGCUGUUCUUGCAUUAUCUACUGUAACAGCAGUCCAUCCAUCUUCUAAAAUUUUAAUUUCUUCACUACCCUGACUUAAAACUGGUUCAAUAGUAAAUGUCAUUCCAGGUAACAUUUUUCCAUCAAAAUUAUUUGC